ACGAUACAGCCAGCAACAAGGCAACCACGAGCAUUUUGUACACUGCAAAACGCAACUGAAAUUAAUAAAACAUACACGUAAAAAUGGAAUACACAACCAAGACACAGAUCUACCAGAAGGUGAAGAAGCCGCUGCUGGAGCGUCAGCGUCGUGCGCGCAUCAACAAGUGCCUGGACACGCUAAAGACACUUGUCGCCGAGCUACGCGGCGAUGAUGGCAUUCUGCGCAUGGACAAGGCCGAGAUGCUCGAGUCAGCUGUCGUCUUCAUGCGCCAACAGAAGUCAAGCAAAUCAACAGAAGCAACUGCAGCAACACCACUAAUGCCACUGGAGAGCUUCCGCAAUGGUUAUAUGAAUGCCGUCAAUGAGGUGUCACGUGUCAUGGCAUCCACACCUGGCAUGAGUGUCGACCUGGGUAAAUCGGUGAUGUCGCAUCUGGGCCGCGUCUACAAGAAUCUCCAGCAGUUCCAUGAGGCACAAACAACAAUGUACGCAUCGGAGACGGCCACCGAGUUGAGCAUCAACUGCAACUCGGCGCCUCUCAGCCCCGCCUCAUCCGGAUAUCACAGUGAUUGCGAGAGUCCUGCACCAUCGCCGAUGCCAGAGGAGAGCGAGAAACUGUGGCGCCCCUGGUAAAGCAUCAGGCAAUAGGCAGUAGACAAAAAGAGGGAAAACAAAAGAAAACGCAACUGUGAUAACCAACUGUGAUGGGAACAAAACAAUUAGUAAAGCAAUUAAAUAAAUGCAAUUAAGAAACAUA